AUGUCGACGACUUCCGGGUCUUCCGCUUCCGCCCGUACCCCAAACGACAUUCUCUUGCAUAAAUCAGCGAAAUCUCGUAUUAAUCAACACAGCCAUACUGACAAAGUUCAGACCCUCGGACGCUUGAAGAAUGUAUUUGUCAAUACCAGAGAAAGAGAAGCGCUCAUGACGGCGUGCAGUAAAGGAGACUUGGAUACAGUCACCCACUUACUCACUCACACAAGGCCUUUGCUGAAUCCUGAUAUGAUCCGUGAUGCCAAACUGCGUACACCGCUUCUUGUUGCCUGUGCGGCCGGCCAUGCGGAGAUUGUCCGUGCGCUAAUUUCGUGGGGCGCCGAUGUCAAUAAUCCCACAGGCGAUAUUAUCGGAAACAAACCUUUGGAUCUGGCCGUUGUAUCAAAUAGCGUGGAAACCGUCUUGGUUCUCCUGGAAGCAGGCGCUCUGGUGGCUCCCACCAUGCGAUCCUCCGUCCCGCACAAUGGGCCACUCCCUGUACCCAUCCAACAACGAGCUUCACCACGCUCACCUUUAUACCUCGCUCAAUCACGACUAGAUAUGUUAAUACGGAAACGUGAAAACACUUUCGAUGAGGCAGAUAAUAUCGCCUCAUCACCCCAUGAACCCAUGAUCAAGCAAGUUAUCCAAAUCAUUCGGUUAUUGAAGCACUUUGUCAGUAACGAAGCCUCCAGUUCAUCCAGUAUAGAACCGUCCUCCAGCAUUCAAAGUACAUCUCGCGACCUGGAUGAUCUUACUUCCAAAUUAUCAUCAGUUGCUUUGGACGAUACGCCAAAUCAGGCUUCGGCCAGCAAGGAUCUGGAAGUAAUGAAAGAGUUGCGUGAUAUGAUUACAAGGCUCCAGCUGUAG